UCACGGCAGCACUGCCAGGAGCAGCUCCAGCACCAGGACCUGAACACCCAGCCCUAGAGCGGGGCCAAGGGCAAACCAAGAGGGUCUGGCAAGGACAGGGAUUGCCACCCUGGGUGCCCUGAGGCCCCUCCAUGCAGGGAGGGCAGAGCUGGCCAAUGGCUGCCCAGGCAUGACACCACCCAAACAAUGGUGGCAGCGCUGAGGGGCAGUGCUCCCUGGGGAACUGCCUGCCAGGCUCAGCCACAGCCCAGAGCCCUGCCCUGGACCAUGCUGACAUCACCCUGCAUCAAUGCCCUGCCUGGGUGGGGAAUGCUGACCCAAGAACCAAGUCCCUUCCAGACAGCAGCAGCUCAGGCCAAGGCCCUUGGGGGCUGAACCCCAAGAAUGGGGAAUUUGCCCAGUCAGGAGAAGUCACUCAGCAUCCCAGCAGCGUCUGCCAACACCGCACGACCUCCACUGCCCACACAGGCAGUCCCCAGUGGCUUCCAGGCCCUGGCCCUCUGUGACUUCCCCUCCAGCGUGGGGGUGGCUGCUGUCCUGAGGAUGGGGGAGCAGCUCCGCAUCCUCUCUGAGGAUGGAGAGUGGUGGCUGGUGGCAUCUGAGGUGUCUGGCAAGGAGUGUCACAUCCCCAGCAGCUGUGUGGCCAAGAUCAGGCACAGGUGGCUGUACGAGGGCGUCAGCCGGCAGCAGGCAGAGGAGCUGCUGCUCCGUCCAGGCAACCACAGUGGAUCUUUUCUGAUACGAGAGAGCCAGACCAGGCAAGGCUGCUAUUCCCUGUCGGUGCGCCGUGGCGAGCGAGCUGCCUGGGCCUCGGUGACUCACUACCGCAUCCACCGGCUGGACAACGGAUGGCUUUACAUCUCGCCCCGGCUCACCUUCCCCAGCCUGCACAACUUGGUGGACCACUACUCUGAGUUCAGCGAAGGCCUCUGCUGCCGCCUCAGCGAGCCCUGCUCCACGGAAGCACCAAGGGCGGCCCCAGCCUCCACACCACCGGCUGUCAUCAAGAAGCCAUCGCUCCACUGGGAUAAGAUUGAGAGCUCCCUCCUGUUCUCGGAGACCGCAUCCCCACCGGAGGAGUCUCCCAUCAGCCAGGGCCUGCGGGAAGCCAUCAGCUCUUACCUGAUCCUCUCAGAGACUGACACCCCUGAGCCAGACCCCACACGAAAGGGGGUGAAGAACAGCUGAGGACAGGGUGCCACUUGGCCACAGCUCAGCCUUGAGCCACAGCUCAUCUCCCAGCUCAGCCUUCUCCUGCUUUCAGCUACAGUCACUCAUUGGUGCUGGGGCCCAUUGGCCAGAACUUGGGACAGCCAAGACCAGUAUGGAGCCUGGCAGGCAGCAAUGCUGGAGGAGGCAGCUGCCUGAGGGCCUGUUUUUCCCUCAAAGGACACUUUGGGACAGGAUGCUUGAACACCCUGAGCUUCACCCAACACCCAAGGGGGGAGGAGGCAGAGGCUGCAGAGAGAAGGAGCCCUGCCUGCCCCACAGGCUGCAGCGGGGGCCCUGGCAUCUGUGCUCCCAAAGCAGCAGAGAGAGGAUGGAAAUGUUCAACAAACCAAAUCCUGGCCCUCCCCCAUCAGACCUCUCAAGUUCAAGCACAACCAUUUUAGGGGUGUGGGUGUCUGUGCAGGCCUGUGGACAGCAGCCAGGGACCCUCAGAAUGCUCUCACCCCCAUAACUCAGCCACUCUGCUUGCUGGGACCAGCAUCCAGGGGGGAACCAGCCCCUGGUAGUGCCCAAAGCAGCUGAUUUUUAAACCUUUUAACAACAUGGAUUGUAAGUUCUGCAAAGCAGGAUCCUGCUGGACAUGCAGCAAUAACCAUCUGUAGCGUCUCAAUUAAAAGGCACCUCCUUCACAGCUGAGGCUUGGUGAAUAUUAUCGUCACUUGCCCAUGGGGCCAGUUUCACUGCCACAGCCUGCAGGGAUUUGCUCCAGCCAUGGCCCUUGGUGGCCCCUGCCAGAGUGAGCAGGCAGCCACGGGCCAGUGCUGGUCCUCAGCCAACUCUCUUCGGGUAAAUUCAUGAGCCCAGUAGGUUU